UGUUCUGAGGUCAUGAAACUUAAUCCACAGCAAGCUCCAUUAUAUGGUGACUCUGUUAUUACAGUGCAGCUGACUGAGGAAGAUAAAGUUGAAGAGGAUGUAGUGUUUUAUUUGGUCUUCACUGGGUCAACUGUCCAACACUGCACAAGCACAAGGAAGAUUAAUCCUGGGAGUCUGGAGACAAUUUCUCCUGGCCAUGACUGCUGCGAGACAGUGAAGGUGGCACUUUGUGCCUCUAGAGAAGGCCAUCCUGUUCUGGUGGUGGCAGAGGAGAGCUUCCAGUUCGUCCAGGAUGAAGCCUAUGAUGCUGCCCAGUUUCUGGCCAGCUGUGCCGGCAAUCAGCAGGCGCUGAAUUUCACCAGGUUCCUGGACAGGUCAAGGCCACCUGCUGCUGAUGUGGACUUCUUGGAUGAGAAAGUGGCUUUGGCCUUUCGGCACCUGAAGCUGCCAGCAGAAUGGAAUGUGCUGGGAGCAGACCAGUCCCUGACCGAGAACAUCCCUCGGGAAACUCUGAUGCAUUUUGCGGUGAGGCUGGGCCUGCUGCGGCUGACCUGGUUUCUGCUCCAGCAGCCAGGUGGAAGAGGAGCUCUCAGCAUCCACAACAAUGAAGGGGCAACACCUGUAAGCUUGGCCUUGGAGAGAGGUUACCAGAAGCUGCACCAGCUUUUGACAGAAGAGGAAGCCAAGGAACCAGACUCCUGGAGCACCUUGUCUCACACCGUGCACUCAGGGGACUACCGCGUGAAGCACCACCGCGGGCUCAACGUUUACAUGCUGACGGCGGAAGCCAGGGAAGGGGCAGCAGCCAGCCUGGAGAGCGACAUACGGCACCUCCAGAUGCACAUGCAGAGCCACCAGCACAUGAGUUUAAGGCAGCAGACAGAGCCUGCACUGGGAGAAUCUGCAGACAGCUGUGCUAAGGAAGCAGAACCAGAUGGUCACCCAACCACUACCUCUCAGAGCCUAGAAGAAAUGGCAAGAGAAGGAAGGCAGGAAAGUCCAUCCCAUCUUGUUCAGCUGGACGUCGGGCAGCUCUCAGACCAAACCCACCAGGAGAAAUGCAACAGCAGGAGUUUGGGAGCUUUUAAUGAUACACCAAAUGACUUCCUGAGCCUGGGGGAUGCAGAGAGCCCAGAGUGCUUCUGUGGAAGUAAAAACACAGUGACGUUGAGUAGAAAGGAAGAGGAGGGGCCAGCCUCUGCUGAGGGCUCAGGGACUACAUCAGAGGAGAAGGACUGCACAGGGAGCCUGUGUGCAAGUGUAAACGGUGCCAUAAAUCUUCCCUCCUGUGGAAAUACAAAUGAGGAAGCUGGAAUGACAUCUGCUGGAGUUGUGGAUCGGGCCAGCUUGUGCAGCAAAGACAGUGCCCAUCAGGAAGUGCAGGCUGCUGAGGAGCGUGCAGCUGGCAGUGCUGUUGCUGUGGCUGGAAGUGCAGGAGAAGCCCCAGCUCCUUUGGAGGGUGUGGAUGUGGCUAUGGGCCAGACCGAAUGCAGGAACUGUGCAGGGGCAGCUGAGACGGCUGCGGGCCAGCAGCAGGUAAAGGAUGGGAUGGCUGAGGCCAGUGGAAGGAGGACUGCAAACCCAGAGCGGCGAUCUGCAGCUAAGGAAGAGUCAGCUAGUGCUGCUCAGCCCGUCCUUGGCGCUUUCAAUGGCACCAAGUGUGCAGAUGGGGAGGAUGCAGAUGUGGGAGUGGUACCGGCAUGUGGUGGGGUGAAUGCAGACGGUGGCACUGGCAAUGACUCCGAUGACCUUUGCAAGAGCAGCAGUAGCAAAGAGCACGGAGCAGACUCCUGUACUGAGCAGGUGAAUGGUGACGUCUUGGAAAGCAAAACUGGUGCCAGUGUCAUGGCAGAGCAGCAUGUCACUGAGAGCACUGGGGCAGUGUUGCCAGCAGUGAAUGGGGUGAAGGUGCCCACGUGUGCAUCAAAAUCUGGUCCUGGCUUGCAAAUCCAUGGCAGGAGGAAGCAAGAAGGACAAACAGAAGCAGGUUGCACAGAUGGGAAGUCAAGCCUGCCCUCUCUGACAGACUGUAUGGAAACUGAUGGCACUGAUGCUAAACCUGCAGAUGAUGAUACUGCUGGGUUUAACCAAAGCAGUGCAAAACCUGUCUGUCACCAGGAAAGCAGUAUGAUCACUGAAUGUGUGGCUGAGGCAAUGGAAGAAGAGGAGCCAGCAGGAACUGAUACCAACAGCAGCAGAGAUGGAGGAAGCACUGAUUCUGCAGAUGGAGGUCAGGAAGUUGCUAGCUGUCAGCAUUCUGCUUGUCACACUGCUGUUGAAGAUGAAAUGGGCGACAGCUUAAAACCGGACGCUGCUGAAGAGAGCAAACGUGAGCCUGCAUCACUCCCUCCAGAGGGUGUGAGCACAAGCUUGGCAGAGAAAGUGCCUGCACAAACUGGAGCAGAGAGAGCUGAAAGUGCUUCAGAGCAGGAGGGGCUGUGUGUUGAGGUGAAACCUCUCACUCCACUACCCACAGGAGAGGGACCGGCUGCGAGUCAGGAGGGAGAUGCUGCAGUGGCACCUUCUGGGCAGGAGCCACCUCUGCAAGGUAAUGACCCUGGCUUAGCAACGUGUGCCAAGGGCACAGGCUGUGCAGAGGAUAAUUUAAUAGACACACCCUCUGUAAUUCAUAAUGAGGAAUCUAAACAAAACCAGGAAGUGGUGGUGGUGGCGGCAGAGCUUGCCUGGCAGCGCGGUGGGGAGCAUGGCAAGGUAGCUGCCAGAGCCAGCUGGCGUGGGGACCAUGAAGGGGACAAGGGCUCUCUGGAGCAGAGCCUCUCACAGCAAGCUGAAAGAGGCAAAGCUGAGCCUGAGCAGGAGGCUUGUGCAAGUGGCAGGGAGCAGGUUUUGUCGGAGGAACUUCUUGCUGCUGUUGUGAAACCCUCUGCCUGCAGUCAGAAGGGGCCCGUGGCAGGCGGCAGCAGCACGGAUGCUGGGGUGAAAGGGACCAGCCGUGCCAAGGAAGCGUGCAAGGCUGGGGCAGUGGGUGCAGGAGAAGGCACCAUGCACGGACCUGCACCAGCGGGCAAGUCACAGGAUGUGGAGAGUGAUCCUUGCCCGGAUGUGGGGCUGAACCAAGAGCAUGAUCCUAGUCAAACCGUACAACAGAGCUCCUCGCCCAGCAGCACCCCUGCAUUAAAGCAUGCUUCAGAAGUGGGAGCCCCAAGUGACGCCUGUGAGGGCAAGGAAGCGUCAAGGCCGGUGACAAUAACUCCCGUCACAACGUAUCCGGAGCAGCAGGAGGAGACAGAAAACGUCCUUCCCCGGGCAGCCCUGCAGCCCAUUGCAGAGGAGCCCAUGUGUGACAGCGACUCCAGCACCGACACCAUUUGCCCAGCUGCUGAGAGUGAUGCUGGUCCCUCAGCAAAAGCAGCUCAGGAGGAGGCCUUGGCUGAGCCUGAGGGCAGCCAGAGCCAAGCUGUACCCAAAUCGCCCUUCGGUGAUGUUGAGGCAGCCGUGCUGGAAAACAUGGGAGUAAAGAGCUUGGAUUCGGCAGGUGACGGCUCCUCUCUGGAUAAAGUUCCUAAAAUGGUGAAAAGUUUUGAUGCAGUGGUGUUUGCAGCAGAGACACCUCGUUCCCCUGAAUUACCAGCUGCAGGAAAAGAGGGUCUGGAGCCGCAGGCUGCAGUGGAUGUGGGAGCCAACCUUAAUGGAGAGAUUGAUUUAAGUUCCUCAGCGAAGAAGAGGAACGUCAACCCGGCACUGCAACGAGCUGAGCCUCGUACAGGGAAGCUGGAAAUGAAAACUGAAGACGAGGUGGAUUUUCUGAAAGGUGGUGAUGAGAGUGCAGCCCACGAGGAAGUGAUAAACCGUGGGAGCUGGUGUCCCCUGGAGCCAUGUCCUGAUUCUGCCCUGCUGGAGCGCAAGCGGACACGGGAGUCGCCAGAAUGCGAGAGCUUCUUGGAGGAUGGGCUGAGCAGUGUCUGUGCUUCGUCACAGAGUCACCUUAAAAGGGAGUCUGGGAGCGAGUCUGACCUCUUCCCCUUGUCUGGUGAUGGGAUGGAAGACCUCGUCUUUGGAAAGCAGCCUGAAGAGGAGCAGUCUGCUUGUGAUAUCACCAGCUCCAGUUCCUCUGCGGAUGACACCAUGUCCCUGGAGAGGAACUCAUCCCUAGGCAGCGACACAUCCCUUCCCUUCCCACCAACAGUGAACUUUGUCCAGCCCAGGGACAGGCACAGCCUGGAUGGCAGCUGCACCAACAUGGUGGCCACAGAGGGAGGAGAGAAGGAAGAGGAGCUGGACAGCAUCACAGACGUGCCCACUCACUCCUCUGUUCUACGAAACUCCAUGCGGCCGCUGUCACCCUUCCGUCGGCACAGCUGGGGGCCGGGGAAGAAUUCCACCAAUGAGGCAGAAAUAAAUCAGAGGAGUUCAAUGCGAGUUCUGGGGGAUGGUAUAAAGAAGCCUCCCAUUCAUAGGAGAAGUUUGAGCUGGUGUCCCUCUGGCGUACAGUUCAUGUCCAUGGGUCCUGACUUUACUUGUAGAAGUUACAGCCUAGAAGGCCUUGCUGGAGACUCUGGUGAGAACAAGAAGCCCUCUACAAACUUGGAGGCUUCUUCUCUGAGCUCCAAAGAUCUCAGACGAAGUCCACUUGCCAGCAAUCAGUGUGGAUCCCUGGUCUUGCUCACUGAAGAACUUGAGCAAGGAGAAAUCAGAGAGUACAACCACCAGAUGCAUCAGACCUCGCAGCCGCAAGGAUUUAAUUUCUGUUCUUCCGCUGUUUCGUCUCCGCUGACCAAAUCUAUGUCUCUCAUGUCAAUUAGUAAACCAGUGCUGGACACCCAGGGCCGGACUCGACCAUCGAGACGAAUCUCCUUCUCCUUCAGCAUCUCUCCACUCAUUCCUAAGUCUAAAACUCUCUUUUCUAUUGGCUCUUCUUCCAGUGAUGAGGAGGAGGAGUUGGAUAGUACGCAGGCGUUUGGCGGCCCCACGGGUUCCCCGGUUCAGAGCAUAUCUGAAGAAAGCAGCAGUGUCCCCACUGGAAAAGGUGUCACGAAAGUCAGCCGCACCUUCAGCUACCUCAGGAAUAAAAUGUCCAGCAGCAAGAAGAGCAAAGAGAAAGAGAAAGAUAAAGAGAAGACUAAAGAGAAGGACAAAGAUUCCAAGGAGAAGGAAAAAGAUAAGAAGCUGUUAAAUGGACAUCUCUUCACUGCAACCUCUGUUGUAGCCCAAGCAACCUGUUACCACUGUAUGAAGCCUUUCAAUAAGGAUUCGUACUACUGUGCAAACUGCAAUGCAAUUGUUCACAAAGGCUGUAAGGAGAGUUUUUCUUCUUGUGCAAAGGUCAAAAUGAAGCCACAGAGAGGGAUGCUGCAGGCACAUGAUACCUCUUCAUUACCCACAGUCACCAUGAGAAACAAAAGCUCCCAGCCGAAGGAGCGCCCUCGCUCUGCCAUCCUUGCCCCUGAUGAGAACACCGUGACCUCGAUAUUCAACAACAGGAGGUCACAGCAGACUGCAGCUCUUUCCAAAAGUGUCUCAAUACAGAACAUUGCAGGAGUUGGGAAUGAUGACAACUUAAUACACACUUGGAAAUUCCUGUCUCAGUCAACAGACUCCUUGCAUAAAAUCAGCCGGGUGAAUGAGUCCAUGGAGUCACUGGUUGAUGAAGGUGCAGACAUGAACGAAGGGCAGCUGAUGGGAGACCUGGAAUUAGAUUCCAAGCAACUGGAGGCAGAAUCCUGGAGCCAAGUAGUUGACAGCAAGUUCCUGCAGCAGCAAAACAAAGAUGUUGUCAAACGGCAAGAUGUCAUUUAUGAGCUGAUGCAGACAGAAAUGCAUCAUGUCCGCACCUUGAAGAUCAUGAAUGAUGUGUACAGCGCAGGGAUGUUGGAGGAACUGCAGUAUGAUCAACAAGUGGUGGACAAGAUCUUUCCAUGCCUGGAAAACUUGCUGCAAAUCCACAGUCACUUCUUCCAACGAAUUCUGGAAAGGAAGAAGGAAUCACUGGCAGACAAGAGUGAAAAGAACUUUGUUAUCAAGAGGAUAGGUGACAUCCUAGUGAACCAAUUCUCUGGUGAGAAUGCUGAGCGAAUGAAGAAAACCUACGGCAAAUUCUGCGGGCAUCACAACGAGGCAGUGAAUAACUUCAAAGAUCUCUACUCAAAGGACAAGAGGUUUCAGGCAUUUGUCAAGAAAAAGAUGAGCAGCGCCCUGGUGAGGCGUCUGGGGAUUUCUGAAUGUAUCUUGUUGGUUACACAGAGAAUCACCAAGUACCCAGUUCUUCUACAAAGGAUACUGCAGUACACCAAAGAAAACGAAGUGGAGCAUGAGGACCUGACCCAGUCGUUAAACCUCGUCAAAGACGUGAUUGCUGCGGUCAACAGCAAAGUCAGCAACUACGAGAAGAAAAUGCGCCUGGGGGAGAUCUACAACCGCACGGACAGCAAGUCCAUCAUGAGGAUGAAGAGCGGCCAGAUGUUUGCAAGAGAGGACCUGAGGCACCGCAAGCUGAUCCGAGACGGGCCUGUGGCACUGAAGAGCGCGGCCGGACGCUUAAAAGAAGUCCAGGCUGUUCUCCUCUCUGACAUGCUCAUAUUCCUUCAGGAGAAGGACCAGAAGUAUGUCUUUGCCUCACUGGACCAGAAAUCUACUGUGAUCUCUCUGAAAAAGCUGAUUGUGCGAGAGGUGGCUCAUGAAGAGAAGGGUUUGUUCCUGAUCAGUAUGGGUGUGAAAGACCCUGAAAUGGUGGAGGUCCAUGCCAGCUCCAAAGAGGAGCGCAACGGCUGGAUACAGAUCAUUCAAGACACAAUGAACACCAUGAGCAAAGAUGAAGAUGAAGGAAUCCCUUGUGAGUCUGAGUUUGAAAAGAAAGUGUCAGAUGCAAAAGUGAGAGGACUGAAAGAACAACUUCAGCAGAAGGAUAAGCAGAUCCUCCUCUUGCUGGAGGAGAAGUCAAAGAUCUUCCGGGACAUGGCCGACAGCUCUGUGCAGGAAGACAUGCCUGGCUCCAGGCUGCUCUUCAGAGCCAACACAGAAGAGGCACCAAAAGGAGAGGCCAUUAUGAAAACUGCAAUUAAUGAAGUUGAACUCCUGCAAGAUCUGGUGAACAGGAGCCUGGGUACUGCCCUCGGACAGCAGGUCAGCAGCACUGCCAUGGAGCAAGAAGGAGGAGUUGGCCCCAUCUUUCUCCCUAGAAGAGCAGAAACUUUUGGUGGAUUUGACAGUCAUCAGAUGAAUGCCUCCAAGUGUGGAGCAAAAGAUGAAGGUGAUGAUGCUCAGGACCUUCGAAGAACGGAGUCGGACAGCAUUUUAAAGAAGGGUGGAAAUGCUAAUCUGAUGUUCAUGUUGAAAAGGAAUAACGAGCAGGUCCUCCAGACCAUUACCAGCCUCCAUAAGCUGCUCAGUGCUUUGCAGGGCGUCGUGCUGCAGCAGGACACCUACAUUGAGGACCAGAAGCUGGCUCUGAGCGAGAGGGCUCUGAGCCGAAGCUUCUUCCGGCCGACCUCGCUGCUGGAGCAGGAGAAGCAGCGCAACCUGGAGAAGCAGCGGCAGGAGCUGGCCAACCUGAAGAAGCAGCAGACACAGCACCAGGAGGAGAGGAGGAGGAGGGAGAAGGAGUGGGAAGUCCGGGAGAAGGAGCUAGCGGAGCAGGAGGCCCAGCUGGCCCAGCGAGAGGAGCAGGUGCAGAGAGGGUGGCAGGAUCUGGAGCGGGAACGAGAGGAGCUGCAGGUGAAGAAGGCAGCCUACCAGCUCGACCUGGAGAGGCUUCGCGCCGCGCAGAAGCAGCUGGAGAGGGAGAAGGUGCAGUUCAAGCAGGACGUGGAGCGGUUAGCUCAGAUGCGGCAGGAGCCUGACCACAACCAGGUCUCAAAUCUACACGAGAAACUCGCAAGAGUCUCUUCUCAGUCCAGCAUGGAUGACUCCUCCAAGCAGAAGAGCCCUUCCCUUCCUAAACAAGGGCACUUUGAUGCAGAACUCUCUGUCUCCCCCAAAAGGAACAGUCUUUCAAGGACACACAAAGAGAAAAGCACUUUCCAUUUGCUUAGCACAACAAACCAGACUAACAAGGCAGCUGAGGAACAGCCCCAGAUGCCUACUCGCCUCUUCAGUUUAUCCAAACCAAAGGAGAAGAAGGAAAAGAAGAAAAAGGGCAGGGGACAUCGCUCCCAACAGUCUGAUUCUCACUCAUCAGAAGCAGCUCCAGAGGGUGAGGAGAUCUUCUGCUGAGCACGGACGGUUGCGGCGGUCGCUCUCGGCAUUGGUACAGUGGACAUCUCCCUGCCCGCUCCACAGCACGCAGCUGGUGCCUGCAUCUGACAAGCAUUGGGAGGGUUUAAAUAAGACAUGUUAGGAGGUCUGCUGAGUGGUGGGAAGGGGCCUCUCUCCUGGGGUUUUGCCUGGAUUCUCACCACAGAGGCUGACUGCACAGUACCGGCUUUCUGUGCAAACCUUGGGUUAAAUGGGUUGGGAUAGAUGUUUUCUGUCUCUUCUUACUGCUGGAGGGUGAGAGAACAUAGCCUUAAGGGGUCUGUGCCUUCAAAUUCCCCUUUUCUGGGGAAUGUAACCAAACCCAAGCCUUUAGGGAAGGAUUAGGACUCCACAAAUGGUGCGUACACACUGGCCCAUAUGGAGAUGCUGUAUUUAUACAUCUGUGUAUCCACUGGGAUAUGCUCACAGUCUGUACAGCCAAGCCUAGCUCGGCCUGUGGGGAUCCAUGAUUCCUGAUGGCUUUCAGGGAGCGUGUAGAUAUUAAAUAUCUUGCCCUUACUGCUCCUGUUGUAACCCUUUCUGUGCUGGAGGUGGAUGGGUUCUGGUUGCAGCAAGGUACCUUACACCAGGAAGCAGUAACUGCGUUCCAAACAAAACCUCAGAAGAGAAGAGAAGAGAAAAAAAGAAAAUCCAAAUAAUUCCAAAAUAUUUCCAUGGGGCAGAGGAUGUAAAUGUCAAACUGUUUCCAGGCUCUAGCAGAACAUCCUUGGGUGUAUUUAAAAGGAUGCUGAAAAGAGACAUUCAGUAGGCUUCUGAGGCAACCCCAGGGAGCCAGAACAGUGUUCAAGUGGGAGCAACUCUAAGCAACACUUUUUUUAGGCAAUCUCUUUGAGCUCUAGCUCAUUCCUUCCCAUCCCCUAAGUAAAGAUCAUUUGUUUGGACAGAAUAUGGUUCUCCAGUUGCAUUUGACACCCUUUUAUUACAAGUUGAUGGCUUACUGGAGAGAUGGCUGAAAAUCUGCUUUUAGGGACCUUUGUUCUGCUGUUUGCAUUUUUCUUCCCCUCCUUCUUGUGAUACCGUUGGGCUUCUGUUUCUCUGGCUCAUGUCAGCUUCCCUUGCUCAUUUCUAAGACAGAAUGAGACAGCAGCAAUUUCAGACCACUUCAGGAGCCUGAGUGCUAUGAGCAGAAUGAACUCCAAAGAGGCAGCUCCUCAUCCCUGUGCCUGUACAGCACUGUGCACUUAUUAACCAGUGCCGGGGAGAAAAUGCAUCUCCUGGGCAAGGACACCAUGGCACAGGUCCCCAGCUCCAGCAUGGCAGGUCCCUUGCCAUCCCUGUGGGCUCUAGGGUGACAAUAUCAGCAGAAGGGGAAGGUCUGAGGGUGACUUUCACUGUGUUGCCUGUGAGGUGUUUGUACAGCUGUUGAAGGCAGGGAUGUGCUCAGUGGGGGAAGAGAAAUGCAGCAAGCCAAAGUUCUUUCCAGAAUUAUUGUUCUUCCAAACCCUCUCAGGGGGGAUUUCCCCAGCUGAUUUGUACAGAUACUAUCAGCUUCAACACAGCUCAAGGGUUUGCUCAGAGUUUGAAGCUGUCAAGUGCAUUUCCUUUCCUACCAGGUCUCCUUUAACAGAAACCCCACAGCAUUUCUCCUCCUGCACUCGAUUUCAGGUUGCUCUCUGCCUUCUCACAAGCCACUAACCCACAGCAGUCCUCAGACUUCAGUGCUGCUGAGCAUCAGCAACAGCAGUGGUGAGGUGGGUGCUUAGACUGGGCUGUUCUUGGUCAGUGCAGGAAUCCUAAGCUGCCUGCUUGCUUUUGAAGCUCUCAGAACUAUUAAGAGUCAAAAGAUGAAAGCAAAAGAGGGAAGGAAAAAAAGAAAAGGAACAAAAAAAAACA